AUGGGGCACGGUACAGAUGUAUCUGGCAACCCUAGGCAGCAGCCGGAAUAGCUCGCUGGACGUCAGUCCUGUUCAAGGAUGUUUAGAAGUCCUCAGAUUCUGACUUCAGCAUGCCUCCUUGGGACUCAUCGAUCACUGCUUAAGACAGUCAAAGACUCACAAAAGUCAACUUUCAAAAGGACAUUGUGCAGUACCUCACACUUACAGCAGGUUGACAAUGUUAGCAGAGAAAAAGGAGAUCAAGAGGAACCUCAUACUUCAGAGCCACAGAACAGUAAUCACAUUUUUCACACAUCACUUUGCCCUGUUAACAUAAGCUGCUCCAUCACACCUUUAGACCCUUACCAGAAUGUGACUCACCGGGGAGGGCUGCUAGACGAUGUCACUACUGACAUCUUAGCACAUUGUUCUGGAAAUGCCACCCAGCACUACUCUUCUGAAACCACUUUAUCAGAACAUUUCAUGUUUAGGGACUCUGUUCCUAACAAGUGCCUUCUACUUGAAAAGCAAAAAAGCAAGCACAGAAGUUCAGUGCAUGAGAGGAGAACGCACAUACACACCAGUAUUAACAGUCAGGUAUACCACACUGUGAUAAACAUCAAUGGCAGUAUCAGUAGGCCAUAUGUGUUCAGCAGAAGUCUCUGGACUACAACCCCAGCAACAUGUAGCCAUUGUGGACUUAUAACAACCCAGACCUGUGGUUUGCACCACAGUGUUCCGCACCAGGCCACUCUUGGAGACUGUCUGUCAGCUGAAAAUGAGAGCCGCUGUAGAAAUCGCCUGAAAUCCAACUCUGCACUGUAUGAGAAAGAAAAGGAGAAGAACAGGGCGGCUGUGCUGGUGUCUCUAUGUACAGUACGGGGAGAACCUUCCUUUCUCUUUACUCUGAGAUCGAGUAAACUGCGUGGAAGACACAAAGGAGACGUCAGUUUUGCAGGGGGAAAGCAAGACCCUUCUGACAGGAAUGUUAUAGACACUGCACUGCGGGAAGCCAAGGAGGAACUGGGGAUUACUGUGACAGAAAAUGUAGUGUGGGGGGUGCUGAAGCCCCUGCAUGAUAUGUCAGGAAUGAUGAUCGCUCCGGUGCUAGCUAAUCUUGGACCAGUGGAGGCUCUAACAUUUCGUCCCAACCCAACCGAGGUUGAGGAGAUCUUUACCCUGACUGUAGCUCAUUUAUGCAACCCACAGAACCAGGGCUACACUAAUUUCCGCAACAAUGACCGUCACGUCUAUACUCUUCCUGUGUUUCACAACUCUAAGUACAAAAUCUGGGGCCUGACGGCAGUAGCCUUGGAUCACACACUCAAACUCAUUACGCCGGUUUAGCAGCUCCACAUCCUGAUUAAACAACAAUCAAGUCUGUGCUGUGAAUGAGUUUUGCCUUUGUGUGUGUUUUUUUUGUACCCUUGAUGCUGGGUUCACGACCCCUCAUAACGAGAAGAAGAAUCAGGACUAAGACUUCACAUCAUGUUUGUUAUCUGAUAAUCAAUAGUCUAUCAAAUAAAUUAAAUUUGUGUUCCUGUGCUAAAGGAACAUAUGAAAGCAUAGCACAGGUUCCCUUCUGUUUAAUGAAUGAAUGUUUCAUGGUAAUAAUAUGAAUGGCAAUAAAAACAAAAGAAUUUGUUUCAAUUGUUUGGAAACAAACA